CGUCCCCACCGUAUCGUUCUCAUCCUUCGCCAGCAGUGUCCCAGACGGUGAAAGGAACCUCUCCAAGACACAUCCGCCCCCACACACGCCGCCGGCCAUUUAUUUUGUCAACCUCGCGCCCACCUCUACAUGGUCUGGUAGGGCGAUAGGCCCGCAACGUGUGAGGCCCCCUCCACCUUCCUUCGUGGGGCUGAUACCCGCUUGUUUCCCCACGGCCACGCUGCCAUUCAAGCACUUCAGCUCAGGCAACGCCCCCUUGUGCCCCAGCUUUGCUCGAUGGCGUCUCUCUUCCGGCAAGGAGCAUCUCGCCAAGGCUCGCCCUUCUCCGCCUCUUCCUCCUCCUCCUCCUCAUCGAUCCUCAAGACGGACGAGGUAGCCAAGUGGUUCGACGCAAUCUGGACGGGCAGCGGUGCCUUUGGUGUCUCGGGUAGACAGUCCUUCUUCUCCUCCUCUCUCAGCAAGCACUUUGGGUUUCCCGCUAAUUACUCGGCCUCAGCAGCGCUCCAUGCCGUCCUCUUUCCACCUCUCCCACCUUGGCUCGCAACGGUUUGCUCCCUCUGUCGAGUGGUAGCAUUCCUGAUUAUUGCGCCCAUCCUUUUCAUUUCACUGCUGGAUUUGGCCGAGUAUGCAGUCAUCAGGACACUAGGUCUACAACGACGUCAAGUGAGGGUCAAGGCGUCAGGCCACCCUACGCAGCGGAUGCACCUCUCUCCCGCCCAGCUCCAGUCAGGCAAAGCCGGCAACCCUAUGCAGGCCCCUCUCCUCUCGACCGGAGCAUACGACGGAGAGACUUUGCUGAGGCACCGAGCGCGUAGUCUCUCUACUGCCUCUGCCGAAGCAAUUGAGGAAUGGCAACGGACCGGUGGCAGCUUUGCUCGAGUGGCAGAGGUACGCCAAGCAGCCACCUCGGCUUCCAGCUCUCCCAGCGGAGGUACCACCCCGAUCAACAAUCGCAACAGUUCUUACUUUGAACCUACACCCCGGUCGUCUCCCACAAUGGCCCAAUCACCCAUAGGUGUAGAGGGACCUAUGGGGCUGAGCGACGAUGAGAGUGAGAGCGGAGGGCCGUCUAGCCCCACGAUGGAGCUUGGUGGUGGCCAGCAGAGCAAACACCGCAAGUUGAGACGAAGUCAUUUCGACUUUACGCCCAUUGAGGAGAAGAACAAGUUUCAGUGGAGCAGGAACUCGUUUGACGAUACGAGCGAGGAGGCCGAAGUCAACGAUACGUAAAGACGCGCUGUACAGGACGAUCAGGCUUCCUCGCGGCCGCAUCGCACCAAGUGUCAGGCCACUCGAGAAAGUAGGUUCGAUGCACUAGCAGGAAGGGGAACCUGAACGAUCUCUACAUGACUAUAUUACUACGACCCUCCGACCGAUCGACCGACUGGCACGCUUUAACUUCUUUUACGUUACUUGGAUAUGUACAUUCUCUACUUACUUGAUUAUAUCUCGUCGUUUGGCUUCACCCUCCUUUGUCUGCUCAUCCGUCUUUGGACAGCGUCUGUGAGCGAAUUGUGAGA